UGCAGGCGGAGAUGCUGCAGAUGGACCUGAUCGAUGCAGCGGGGGACACUCCCGGCGCGGAGGACGACGAGGAGGACGAAGAUGAGGAGCGCGCGUCACGGCGGUCGGGAGCGGGGCCGCCCCAGGCCGAAUCAGGUCAGGAGCCGGCGCCCCGCGGCCAGGGCCAAGGCCAGGGCACGGGCAGCGGUGACACAUACCGACCCAAGCGGCCCACCACGCUCAACCUUUUCCCGCAGGUGCCCCGGUCUCAGGACACGCUGAAUAAUAAUUCUCUAGGCAAAAAGCACAGUUGGCAGGAUCGGGUGUCUCGAUCAUCCUCUCCCCUGAAAACAGGUGAGUCAAGACACUUUCCCUGGAGGUGGAG